UACCCGCCAUCGUCUUGUCGAUUCAGCACUUUUGAGUGGGCACUAUUUAGAGUGUAAGGAUGAACGGCGCUUCAUCGGGGAAAACGGAGCAGGAUCCGCAGCAAAUGCUGUCUCUGUCGUGGCACGACAGCGUCUGGAUCCCGGCCCUGGACCGCAACAACGUCAUGGACUACUUCUCGCAGCGCUCCAACCCGUUCUACGACCGCACUUGCAACAACGAGAUAGUGCGAAUGCAGCGCUCCGACCCCGCCCAGCUCGUUAAUAUGACGGGUAUUGAGUAUCUCCUGCUCCACGUCCAGGAUCCUGUGCUCUAUAUCAUCAGAAAGGUCCAUCGCCUCACACCAGAGAAAGUAACUCCACUUGCAGACUACUACAUUCUGAUGGGUGUGGUUUACCAGUGUCCCGACAUAAUGACCCUUAUCAACUGCAGAUUGCUCUCAGCUCUCAGCCUUGUGAAAGAAGCAUUUGCAGAAGCUGUGUCAUAUGCCAGAUAUGACCCCAGCAAGGGUUACUACUGGGAGUUCCCGGAUGACAAGAAAGCAGAUCGAGAAAGGAAGAGGACAGGAUUAGAAGAUGAACCGCGAGAGGCGCAAGGAAGAAAGUCGAUUUCCUACUCAACGAACUCAUCAAGAAAUUCCCUCCCAAGGCCUUCAUUGGAAAGGUGUCGUUUACCUCUUACAAGACACUCUUAUCCACAUGCAUUUCUCCGUAUUUCAGGAAGGGGGACAACCAGCAAUUGGUGAGUAUAUAUAAUUAUUUUUUACUUCUUUAUGGAAGGCACAAUACAUUUUUCACUAUGUUAAGACACUACAUGGGAACCAUCUUAAUGUGACACUUGGUUUUGUUUUGUCUUGUACACAGUGAGUGGUGACAAGAGUGAGGGUGGGGAGAAGGUGGGGGAGGGGAAGGAGGGAGGGGGAGGAGGAGGGUUAAAGAGAGCCGGUCAAUUCAGUGGAGACAGCAGAGCACCGGACCCCAAGAGAAAGAGAACAUGAUUCACACAUCCACUAUAUAAUCACCUUCAAUCUUCAGUUUCACACACACACCACACUUCGUACAGAAUGUUUUAGAAAAAUCUCUGGAACACGUCUUUGUAUCAACAGCCACUAAAAAAAAUCUGUUAGAAGUUAGUCUCAAUAGCAGCACUCACACCACACACUGCAUUCGAAACGUUAGGAAACCAGCUGUGCUGAAAGGUGAAAUUUCAGGAGAAAAACUCACAUCCAUGCAGUGCGAGAAUUAAAAUCUCAUGA